AUGUCAAAUUUUCAUUUAGAAUUUGAUAAUAAGAUUUUAGGUAAUUUAGGGGAUAAUACUGAUAUUUCAAAAGAUUCUAUGCCUGAUUUUCCAUCCUAUAAUGAAAAUUUAGAAGCUACUAAUAAUCGAUCUGCAAGGCUAGGAUAG